AUGCUACCCGGACGAGAUGGAUCGGAUAUUGAGUUGCGAGAGAUCGAAGUCCCUUGCUCAGCGGGAAAGCCUAGAAAUUAUCGCGCUAGAAAGAAGCCAACUGCUAGCUCGUUUCGACUUCCCAAAAUCCAUACCACGCAAAAACCUAACGCAUCAUCAUCACAGCUAUCUCCAACUACCACCAUCUCGACGCUUUCUGCCGUCAUUGACACUGCUGGGGCAUCGGGAAUACCCUCGCAUCCUCAUAUCACCGGUGCUGGAUGGCGCGCUCGUUUCGUGGGGUGGAUUUGCUGCAUGCCUGUUCAGAACGCAGAUGAUCGCCAUUAG